AGGGAUCGCAACCGCGUUCAGUUUGCACUUUGGAAUUUGCCUCGACUAAGAACACAUAUAUUUGGUCGGGAGCAUGAACGCAUACAGCAUCGACCGGAUCCUUGCGCCGGCCAUUUACGGCCAGAUCCUCCUCUGCACGCACAAGGCGACGGCGGCCAAGGUCGUCAUCAAGCGCCUUGACGCCAAGACCGUCGUCAAGUCGCCGACGAUCCACGAAAGCAUUGGCAUGGAGAAGCUCACGUACCACACACUGUACCGCGCGUCGCCGUCGAAUGGCGCCGAGUUUGUGCUGCGGCUACUUGACGCGUUCGAAGAAGACGGCUGCGACCACCUCGUGCUCGAGUACUGCCCGCGCGGCGAGCUUUUCGAUGCGCUGAAGGCGUCGCCGAAUGGCCGCUUCCAGCCCGUUGACGCCCAGCGCUACUUUCGCCAAAUCGUGCGCGGCCUCCAAUAUCUCCACAGCAACGGGUUUGCCCACCGCGAUAUCUCGCUGGAAAACGUCCUCCUCGACAAGAACGGCGACUGCAAGCUCUGCGACUUUGGCCUCGCGGUCCAAGUGCCCGUCAAGGACUUUGAGUUUGCGGCCGUUGGCAAGACGUACUACAUGGCGCCCGAGAUGUACACGGGCGGCGGCUACGACCCGACCAAGGUCGACGUGUGGUGCCUCGGGAUCCUCCUCUUUAUGAUGCACACGGGCCUGCCAUUGCUCGAGCGCGCGCGCGACGACAACACGAUUUUUCAGUACGUCAAGCAGUACGGUGUCUACGGCGUGAUUCGGUCGUGGCAGCUCGACCACCUCUUGCCGCCCGUCGCGCUCGAGCUCCUCGAGCUCCUCUUGACCGUCGACCCCACCCGCCGCGUGACGCUCGAUAAGGUGCUCGCGCACCCGUACCUGACGUCGCCCGUCGUCCUGUAAUCUUCCCAUCUAUACUACU